AUGAGCUCAGUAACAAUGUUACAGCUUCUGCAGAACCUUGAACGCUCACAAAGAAUGGAUUGUUUGUCACGAUGCAAUACAGGCUGGAGUCUGUCAUUGUUACACAUGAAAAACAGAGAGAAACGUGAUGCUGGACCGGGAGAGAUGAAUCUGGCAAUGCGGCGGGCAGUGCCGGGGCUGGUGCGGCAGUCAUGCGGAGCAUUGAAAUUUUGGGGGGUCCGGCCUCUGUGUGUGAAUGCACAGACAACCCUGAAUUCUACAGGCAAUGCGAUCAGUGACCAAAGCUCAAAGGACGUGGGCCUGUUUCCUCCGAUGCCUGGGGAGCAAACUGCAUUACGGUGGAGUGGACUUAAGUAUGAAGAAGUGCCCAUUGUCCAUAUUAAAGCCACAUAUAACAACACACACAUCCAGGUUACACACCCAGACAAUAAGUUUAUAACACGCACAUCCUGUGGGAUCGAGGGCUUUAGAAAUGCCAAGAAGAGCUCUUCUGUAGCUGCACAGACAGCCGGGAUCUCAGCCGCAACUAAAGCUGUUGAUAAAGGAGUUGUACACGUUAGAGUUGUGGUGAAAGGCAUGGGACCUGGAAGACAGCAUGCCAUCAAAGGGUUAACCAUGGGAGGACUAGAUGUGAUAUCCAUUACAGACAACACCCCCAUACCUCACAAUGGUUGCCGUCCACGCAAAGCACGUAGAUUGUAAACCAGUGCGCAAAACAUUAAAAAUAAUAAACAUACCCUGUAUUGAUUCAAACAGGACAUUCUGUAAAGAAGAAGCAGGUCCUUGGUAUUUUCCUGACAGGCUGCACAAUGUCAUGUGUUCUCUUUUGUGAAGUCAGGAUUUUUUUGCUCUAUGUAUACACAGACAGCUUUUAUGAGGCACUUUCAAGCUAUGGUUAACAGAGAAGAUUAUUUUGCUUUAAAGAUGGCUGUAAUAAAGUGUCAUGAAAAUGUU